CUCUUAAUAAAAGAGAUAAUGCGUAUACGUUAGUAAAAUGUACACGUGUCACUUCUUCUUCUUCUUCUUCUGAAACUUCACACACUGAGAAAAUUUCGAAUUUUGUUUUCAUGGUUUUGAGUUCUGUGUGAUUUGAGGUUUUUUUUUUUAUGGCUAUGGCGUUUCCUCUAUCGUAUAAUCCAAUCACCGUUAAACCAGUAACGUACUCUCGGAGAUCGAACUUUGUAGUUGUCUCUUCUUCGGGUUCUAAUGGAAGAGAUCCUUGUGAGGAGAGUUCAGUUCCUAAUGGUGGUAAAAGCAUCGAUAAGCUUCAAGAAGAGAAGCGUCGUGCUGAGUUAUCUGCUAGGAUUGCUUCUGGAGCUUUCACUGUUCAAAAAUCUAGUUUUCCAUCUACAGUGAAGAAUGGUUUAUCAAAGCUUGGAGUUCCAAACAAUGUUCUUGAUUUCUUCUUUGAUUGGACUGGCUCUGACCAAGACUACCCCAAGAUUCCAGAGGCCAAAGGCUCGAUUCAGGCGGUUCGUAAUGAGGCUUUCUUCAUCCCUUUGUAUGAGCUUUUCCUUACUUAUGGUGGUAUUUUUAGGUUGACCUUUGGGCCAAAGUCGUUCUUGAUCGUCUCGGAUCCUUCUAUUGCUAAGCAUAUAUUGAAGGACAACGCUAAAGCUUACUCCAAGGGGAUUUUAGCUGAAAUUCUAGAUUUUGUGAUGGGAAAAGGACUCAUACCAGCUGAUGGGGAGAUAUGGCGUAGAAGAAGGCGUGCCAUUGUUCCUGCAUUGCAUCUAAAGUACGUAGCAGCUAUGAUUAGCUUAUUUGGAGAAGCUUCAGAUAGACUUUGUCAGAAGCUUGAUGCUGCUGCAUCAAAAGGGGAAGAAGUAGAGAUGGAAUCACUCUUCUCUCGUUUGACACUUGAUAUUAUCGGCAAGGCCGUUUUCAAUUACGACUUUGACUCGUUAACAAAUGAUACCGGUGUCAUCGAGGCAGUUUACACUGUUCUAAGAGAAGCUGAAGACAGAAGUGUUUCACCUAUUCCUGUUUGGGACUUACCGAUUUGGAAAGAUAUAUCACCUCGUCAGAGGAAAGUUGCUUCUUCCCUGAAGUUGAUCAAUGACACUCUUGAUGAAUUGAUCGCAACAUGCAAGAGAAUGGUAGAAGAAGAGGAGUUGCAGUUUCACGAGGAAUAUAUGAACGAAAGAGAUCCUAGCAUCCUUCACUUUCUUUUGGCUUCAGGAGAUGAUGUCUCUAGCAAGCAGCUCCGUGAUGACUUAAUGACAAUGCUUAUAGCAGGACAUGAAACAUCAGCUGCAGUAUUAACAUGGACCUUUUACCUUUUAACUACGGAACCUAGUGUAGUUGCCAAACUCCAGGAAGAGGUUGAUUCUGUUAUUGGGGAUAGAUUCCCAACCAUAGAAGAUAUGAAGAAGCUGAAAUACACUACCCGAGUCAUGAAUGAGUCAUUAAGACUAUAUCCACAACCACCAGUACUGAUUCGUCGGUCUCUAGAGAGCGAUAUGCUUGGACAGUAUCCCAUAAAAAGGGGAGAGGAUUUCUUUAUCUCGGUUUGGAAUCUACAUCGAAGUCCUCUUCAUUGGGAUGAAGCGGAGAAGUUUAAUCCCGAGAGAUGGCCUCUAGAUGGACCAAACCCAAAUGAGACAAACCAAAACUUCAGUUACUUACCUUUUGGUGGAGGACCGCGGAAAUGUAUAGGCGAUAUGUUUGCUUCGUAUGAGAAUGUGGUAGCAAUCGCAAUGCUUAUUCGAAGAUUUAACUUUCAGACUGCACCAGGGGCUCCUCCGGUGAAAAUGACUACAGGAGCUACAAUACAUACGACAGAAGGGUUGAAAUUGACAGUGACAAGGAGGACAAAACCUCUCGACAUACCAUCUGGACCAGUACUUCCAAUGGAUGCUUCCCGAGAUGAAGUUUCAUCUGCUCUGUCUUAAGUCUUCAUCUUUGCAAAACUGAAAACAAAGAGCAAGCUCAACUGAAGAAGCAAAAAUCUUGUGCUAGAACAACAAAUGUAGAAUUUGUUAGAAUUGACCAAUGCUUCUGAUAAUUUCUCUGCACUAUGUUGUGCAGACAAGUAAAAAGUAAACAUUUAUUAUUCUUUGGAAAAGAAAAAUGUUUUUCUCUG